UCUGACACAAAAUUCUUGUCGCAAUCGCGAUGCAUUUUUCAUCCACACGUCAUUUCCCCAAAUUUUACACUCCAAUAAUUCACUGUUUCAUACCCAAUUUUCAUCCAUCAUAGUUCAUUUAGCAGUCUCUCUCCUUGAUCACGAUUCGUUCUCUAUCCGUGAAUAUUGUUUUACAGCUUUGAGCCCGAUCCAUAUAUAUACACACGUGUGUGCAUAUAUAGUUAAGUUGACACAAUUCAUUGAAUGACGAGGCUCACUCGUUGUACGGACUAGUCCUUGAUGUGUUGCAGGUGUCUCUAUUUGUGGGUUACACACCAGUUGAUUUCUCAUCCCACAUAGGAAAUAUCACAAGAUUGACAAGAAUGAAGAUAUUUUUGAAAAUGUUUGUUUUUGAUCCCAUUUACGAAAUAUUAAUAAAGUAUUUGAACUCUGCUCUCGGUGAUCCCUGUCCGUUUCAUUUGGAUUAUUGAGCCCCUAAUUCUGCAUUCAAUCAUUUCCUUUUAUUGAAGACCGAGUAUUGGAAGAAUGUCUCUGCUUGCAGUGGACGUGUCUCAAAAUGGUAGCAUAAAAAACGUGGAUUCUUCGAGGAGUGUCGUUGAAAUGGAAGAAUUUGAUUUCUCGAGGCUGCCUGAUCGUCUUCGAACUUUGAAUAUGGAAAGACAGCGAUCUUUCGAUGAAAGGUCCCUUGCCGAGAUUCCAAUUGGGUUGUCUCCACAUCCCCCUUCUAGAGCUGAUAACUUCAAUCGAGUUCUCGACCAUUUAGAUAGUAUAUUUUCGCCCGGUAGAAGAUCCGGGUUCAAUACUCCUAGUUCGAACUUUGUUUAUGAGCCACACCCUAUGACUGCAGAGGCUUGGGAAACUUUGAGGCGUUCUUUGGUGUACUUUCGUGGUCGGCCUGUUGGGACAAUUGCUGCUUUGGAUAGCUCUGAAGAAAAACUCAACUAUGAUCAGGUGUUCGUCAGGGACUUUGUUCCAAGUGCACUGGCUUUUCUGAUGAAUGGGGAACCUGAAAUUGUAAAAAACUUUAUCCUCAAGACUCUUCGACUUCAAUCAUGGGAGAAAAAGAUUGACCGAUUCCAACUGGGAGAGGGUGUGAUGCCUGCGAGUUUCAAAGUCUUACAUGAUCCUGCAAGGAAUACUGAAACAUUGAUUGCAGAUUUUGGCGAGAGUGCAAUUGGGAGAGUGGCUCCUGUAGAUUCAGGCUUUUGGUGGAUCAUACUACUUCGGGCAUACACGAAGUCUACUGGUGACUCGUCUUUGGCUGAGAUGCACGAAUGCCAAAAGGGUAUGCGCCUGAUACUCAGUUUAUGCCUUUCAGAAGGAUUUGACACAUUCCCAACACUUCUUUGUGCUGAUGGAUGCUGUAUGAUUGAUCGUAGAAUGGGUGUUUAUGGGUACCCGAUUGAGAUACAAGCACUCUUCUUCAUGGCUCUAAGAUGCGCCUUGGUUUUACUCAAGCAAGAUACUCAAGGAAAGGAGUUUAUAGAACGAAUUAUCAAGCGUCUACAUGCGUUGAGCUACCAUAUGAGAAAUUACUUUUGGCUGGAUUUGAAGCAGCUUAAUGAUAUAUAUAGAUAUAAAACAGAGGAGUAUUCUCACACAGCAGUCAACAAGUUCAAUGUCAUGCCCGAUUCUCUGCCCGAAUGGGUUUUUGAUUUUAUGCCAAUCCACGGAGGCUAUUUCAUUGGAAAUGUCGGCCCUUCAAAAAUGGAUUUCCGUUGGUUUUGCUUGGGCAAUUGCAUUGCGAUACUUUCAUCCUUAGCAACACCUGAACAAGCAACGGCCAUUAUGGAUCUUAUUGAAUCGCGUUGGGAGGAGUUGGUUGGAGACAUGCCUCUAAAAGUUUGUUAUCCAGCCAUAGAGAACCAUGAAUGGCGGAUUGUAACGGGAUGUGAUCCAAAAAAUACUAGAUGGAGCUAUCACAAUGGAGGAUCGUGGCCAGUGCUUCUAUGGCUUCUCACAGCAGCGUGUAUCAAGACAGGGCGCCCCCAGAUUGCCAGACGAGCCAUUGAACUUGCUGAAGCCAGGCUGUCAAAAGAUGGCUGGCCAGAAUACUAUGACGGAAAACUUGGUCGUUAUAUUGGGAAGCAGGCUCGGAGAUACCAAACAUGGUCAAUUUCUGGCUAUUUGGUUGCCAAAAUGAUGCUCGAAGACCCUUCACAUUUGGGUAUGGUCGCACACGAGGAAGACAAACAGCUGAAACCCGUCUUGAAGAGAUCAUCCUCAUGGACCUUCUGAUUGUAAAUUUCCAAUCUUCUAUUUGUCCAGAAUACAUUGUUUAUAUUUUGCAAGAGGAACAGAAAUGAGACUGUAGUUUUAGUCUUUCAAGCAGGAGCUUUGAAAGCAAGUUUUAGCGUGCAAGAUGUUCGCGAAAUAUUUCUUUCGAUUUAAAUUA